UAUUCAUAUUCCCUCCAUCAUCUCUCUCAUUAACUGUUUCAGAUAGUUUUCUUUCUGUUCUGAAAGAGAAAUGUUUUCUGAGAAUCCUUUCUCUUCUACUAAGCGCUCUCCUACUCCUAAGUUCUCCAACUCCUUCACCACUCGAAUUUUCUCUGAUGUGGCAGGGGAUAUUACGAUUGUUGUGGAUGGGGAUUCGUUUCUGCUGCACAAGUUUCCCCUCGUGUCUCGAAGUGGGAAGAUUCGGAAAAUGGCUGCAGAUACCAAGGACUCAAAUAUUUCAAAAUUGGAGCUUCACAAUUUACCAGGUGGACCUCAUACAUUUGAACUUGCCAUGAAAUUUUGUUAUGGCAUGAACUUUGAGAUCACACCUGCAAAUGUUGCCCAUCUGCGCUGUGCUGCAGAAUACCUGGAAAUGACAGAAGACUACACAGAAGAAAACCUCAUUGAGCGUACAGAGGUUUAUCUGAAUGAUGUUGUGGUUCAAAGUCUUGAGAAGUCUGUGGAAGUACUAUCUACUUGUGAGAUGCUAACUUCCAUUGCAGAGGAGGUGGGAAUUCCAAGUAGAUGCAUUGAGGCCAUUGCCAUUAAUGCUUGCAAGGAGCAGUUAGCAUCUGGAUUGUCUCGACUAGAUUGCGAUGGUGAAUCUACAGAACUUAAGAGUGGUUGCAUUGAGUGGUGGAUAGAAGAUCUCUCAGUGUUAAAGAUUGGUUAUUAUCAAAGAGUUAUAUGUGCCAUGGAAAGUGUUGGUGUUCGACCUGACAGCAUUGUUGCCUCUUUAAUGCAUUAUGCUCAGGCAUCAUUAAAGGGUAUAGGAAAAUGUCAAAUUUGGAAUCCAGCAAAGGCAAAACCGAGACCAAUCCUGGACGAAAAUGAUCAGAGCAGGAUCAUGGAAGCUCUUGUGAGUCUUAUGCCAACAGGAAAGAGCUCUUUCGUUCCCCUGAAUUUUCUGUUUGGGAUGUUAAGAAUGGCAAUCAUGUUAGACGCAACCAUUGCAUGUAGGCUUGAACUUGAAAGGAGAAUCGCGUUUCGUUUGGAAAUGGUUUCACUAGAUGAUCUUCUUAUACCGUCUGUCCCGAGUGGGGAUUCAUUAUUUGAUGUGGAUACUGUCCAUCGGAUACUGGUAAAUUUCCUGCAGCGGAUUGAAGAAGAAGAAAAUGUAGAAUGUGGAUAUGAAUCCGAAGGCCUUGGAUCUCCAGGCCAUGGUUCAUUGUUGAAAGUGGGAAAGCUUAUUGAUGCAUAUCUAGCAGAAAUAGCGCCUGAUCCAUAUUUGAGUUUGCAGAAAUUUAUUGCCAUGAUUGAGAUACUUCCUGAUUACGCUCGUGUGAUCGAUGAUGGGCUUUACAGAGCAAUUGACAUAUACUUAAAGGCUCAUCCAAUUUUAUCCGAACAUGACUGUAAGAAGCUCUGCAAGUUUAUAGACUGCCAAAAGCUAUCUCAAGAAGCAUGCAAUCAUGCUGCACAAAAUGAUCGACUACCAGUACAAAUGACAGUGAGAGUGCUCUAUUUCGAGCAGCUCCGGUUAAAGAGUACCUUGUCUGGAAGUUCUGGAGAUGGGUUUCUAUCGCAGAGGACAAGCAGUGGUGUGCCUAGCGCAGCCAUGUCUCCUAGAGAUAAUUAUGCUUCUCUUCGGAGGGAAAAUCGGGAACUCAAGCUUGAAAUAUCAAGAAUGCGAGUGAGGCUAAGCGAGCUGGAGAAGGAACAGAUGUACAUGAAACAAGGGAUGGUAGUUAAGUCGGGAAAUGGCAAAACCUUUUUCACCUCGCUUUCUAGAGGGAUUGGAAGGAUCGGAAUUUUCGGCAGUCCGGCGGGAGGGAGGACGCAAAAAUCUAGUCGGAAAUCUCGGGGUUCAGAUGGAAAACCUGGUAGGAGUCGGAGGCAUUCUGUGUCGUAGCUUGAGGCAUUAUAACCGACGACUUUCAACUCAUUAAAGUGGAGUAAUCUCUAAAUUUAAGGUUUUUUAGUUCGAAUCUCCGAACAAAAAACUUUAAAUUGUUUUUAUGGGUAUGUAUAAAUUCGUAGUUUUGAAGAAACAUUAGGGUUUAUUUGCAAA